AUGAGUGCGCAACGGAAGCAAGACGUCGACGCACUACUGGCUGAUUUGUCGUUCGAAUCUAAUCCGGGAACCACGGGACAAGGUGCGCCUCGUCCUAGCCACCGCCCAGCGACAAAAGGCGGCGAAGAUGUGCAGAGUUUGCUCGAUGAUCUUGAGGGACUCGUGCAGCGUCGCCGGUCGCACGGCGAGCCGCGUGAGCCGCAGGGCCUGUCGAACUCGCAGGUACUGAGCCCCAAGCCGCUCUCCACGCCGAGUCCUGGCCCGAGCCUCAAGGCCGAGGCGCCGGCGCAAGCCGAAACGCGGCCACCGCCGCCUGCACCAGCACAAGAGGCGCCCAAGCCAAAAGAGGCGAGUGCGCCUGAACUGAAGCCUGCCGAACCUGCUGCCGAAAACGCGAGCUCGUGGGGCCAGUGGGGCGGCAGCCUCUUUUCGAAUGCGACACGCUUUGCCGACCAGGCGCGCCACGAGCUGGAGCGACGCGCAGCGGCGGUUGUGCAAAAAGCACCGAAUGAGGUCACUGCGCCCGCCGCUGCGCUCGAGCAGCCCAUCCACGAUAUUAGCAACCGCUUUGCGCAAGGCUUCCGGGGUCUCGUGCGCGACGCGGGCCUCGAGUCGCUGGGCCAGAACCUGACGGCGGCCGGCCGCCGGGGAUGGAACGAUAUUGUGAGCGCGGUUGCGCCUCCCAUGGAAGCGCACGAGUCGGUGGAUGUGACGCUCAGCCACGACAUGACUGGCUACGAUGGCAUCGAGACGCUUGCGUUUAAGGUGCUCUCCCGCAUGUUGCAGCAGGCUGAUAUUACCAAAGUCGACGUGCACAUGGCGGCGGCAAGUGGCGAUGCGUCGAACGAGCUGCCCGCCCAUGCUUUGCACAUUGCGGCGAGCCGCGAGGCAGGCAUUGCCGAGGCCAAGGCGGCAAUUGUGCCGCUUGCGCAGGCCGUGCCCGCCCCCAAAGAGAAGCAGGAGAAUGAGAUGAUGGUGCCCGACUCGACGUGCCCCAUCGUGCUGCGUCUGCAGCCCUUCUACGAAGCGAUUAUUCCGGGUAGCGAUGCGGACCUCUUUGGUGCGUCCGAGCCGCCGGCUUCCUUCCAAAAAGACAAGCGCAGCGUGUCCUUUUUGGUGUGGUGGGUCGACCCGACGUACCGCCUGAGCCACGCGACGUGCUCGCAGGCAAUCCCUGCCUGGUGGCUCUCGGUCCCGCUCGAGAACAACGCGUGGGUGGAACAGGCAAUGUGCGACGUGAUUGAAGGCGCACUCGCUGUGGUGGCCCAGGAUUAUGUGCAGAGCCGCCUCACGGCCUUUACACAGGCCAUUACGGCAGCGAAGCAGAGUUAG